UACUAAACCGCAGCGUAGCCCCUUCCAUUCAAUUCCAAUCUCCAUCUUCAUCUCGCUUUCAUUUUCUCGAUCGAUCUCUCCUCCAGCGACAGUCCUCUACGACUUCAUCAUCAUCAUCAUCAUCAUCUCUUCCUAUUCCGGCUUCUUCGGAGGCCUGUCGGUUUCGAGCUAGGUUGUUCGAGUUCGAGGAGCAGGAGCAGAUAUAUUUCGAAGAAGAUAGUCGCAAACAUUUACUUUGCAUUUUCCUUUUGCAUAAAAGCUGCUGUCAAGCCAUCAUCUAUUCCUGGAUCAUGAAAAUAGCUAGACUCUAUCAAUUUGCUCGAGCCUGCCCGGCUAUUUGUGGAAGAACCAUCCUCUUGCAGUGUCGAUGGUUUCAACCUGAUUUUGUUCCAAGAGAUCCCACAGCCAAGCCAAAGAGAUACAAAUACCCUGCUUUCUACGAUCCGUAUGGGCCGAGACCGCCCCCUUCGGACAAGAUUGUCCAGCUUGCCGAAAAAAUUGCAUCUUUGCCUCCAGAAGAGCGAAUGCAGAUCGGUUCAGCUUUGCAGGCCAAGAUGAGUCUCCCGAAGUUGCAACGUAUUGACACCGAAGGUUUGGAUGUGGGUGCCCAAGCCGGGGCGCGUGCAGGGCCUGCGAAGACUGAGGAGAAGGCUGAGAAAACCACAUUUGAUGUUAAGCUGGAAAAGUUUGAUGCUGGCGUGAAGCUUAAGGUGAUCAAGGAAAUUCGGUCCUUUACAGAUCUUGGAUUGAAGGAGGCUAAAGAACUGGUUGAGAAAGCACCAGUCAUACUCAAGCAGCAGGUGACGAAAGAAGAGGCUAACAGCAUAAUCGAGAAGAUCAAGGCUGUCGGGGGAAUCGCAGUGAUGGAAUGAAUGGGGUAUGUGUUAGUCAAAAAUUAAGAUCACUUUGUAGUGCAAUUGUUAUAUGUUUCUUCUUAAUAAGAAAGAGAUAGUUUUGACAUCGAACAGAUGAAUUUUGCCUUGAGCUUGCUUGCAAGAUAGAUACACUUCCUUCAUGUUCUAAGUUAGAAUUGUUUUGAGUAUGUCAUGUUUCUAAAAGCAAUUUAUGUAAGGCAUCUGCAAAUUAACUUUUCACAAGAUA